AUGUCGGCCGAGGGAACACAUCCUCUCGCUGCGCAUGGGAUUGCGCUUGUAUGCCAUUGCCGACGAGCCGAUUUGGUCCUUCUCGAAGGGCUCUUCCAUUUCCUUCACUGCCGCCAGGUGCCUGAUGUCCGUGCCAAUGCGUUGGCACGUAGCACCGAAGGAGCUCAUGGCGCAGAUGACAUCCGCAUCCACCUUGCGCGAGUAGGUCUGUGAGGUGAUGGGGUAUGCGUAUUCGAAGCCAGCGAAUUGGGUCACCAGGCUGUCUAAUUCUUCGACCUUGUCGUGGUCCCCGUUGAAGAUUGCCAGGAAGGAGGCUUGUGUUCCCGUUGUGCCUUUCACGCCGCGGAAGCCGAGGUCAGAGCGUGCGCGGGUUAGGUUGCGAAGGUCCAUGAGGAGGUCUUGGAUCCAGAGGCAGGCCCGCUUCCCGACGGUUGUGAGCUGCGCCGGUUGUAAGUGGGUGUACCCCAGCGUCGGCAGGUCCUUGUGCUCCAGAGCAAAUUUUGAGAGUUUGUGGAUUACGUUGGCGAGUUUGGGGAGGAGUAUGUCGAGACCUUGGCGGAGGAAGAGGAGGUCGGCGUUGUCGGUGCAGUAACAGCUGGUGGCUAA